ACUGACAUCAUUGAGGAUGCACUGGAACUCCGUAAUCACGAAGCCAUCAUCAGCCGUGUCAGGGACAGAAAGUGCCCCGAUUGGCCCUGGGAUAUCGCCUGGGAAUGGCUGCAGCUCGCCCUGACAUGCACCAGGUCAAACUUUAAAAAGAGGCCAGAAAUCAACGAGACUGUCACUAUCUUGGUGGAUAUUUCUGCUGAGAUUACUAAACGAGAUGAGAUGCAGAGACAGAGACAAGAUUUUUAUGUUCAGGAACCAUUACGAAAGACCUCUGAGGUGUUCAGUGAGUCUUAUUACCAAACCAAUACCCAGCGGUACGGACCACCUACAACCACUGGGGUAAUGGGUUACCCCGCGCCCACAAUGGGACCCCAAGGUACACCCAUGAGGCGUGAGUUCAGCGUCGAGUCAAACAACCCCAUGGUUGUUGGACAGCAUCCGAGGUACGGGGAUGGAACCCAGAGACAACCAAUGCAGUUUGAUCCCGGCCACUAUCAGUCACCAGGCUACGGAGGUCAACGGUCAGACUUUGAGUCCGGCAUCCGGAGACAGACCUUAUCGGUGACCUCUGAUGAGAACAAUUUGGCGGAUGAUUCCUCGUUGACCUCCUUGAACUCCAAUGACCUUUUGCCUAAGAUGGACCAAUCAAUGGGUACGCCAUUGAUCAUGUACCCAUCUGGGAUGUCCGGUCAUCCCCAGCAGUCUCGGCAGUAUGAUCCACGCCAGCAGUUCUACAGUCAGUCCCUAACUGGGUACGGCGGACAAACCUUACAGCGCUAUCCACAGCAGUAUCAGACACCAGCAGGUUUCAGAACGACGAGUGCCGCCACCCAGCCCCAGACGAUGCCUCCAUGGACUGACUCCAGUUACUACGGUCCUCCAUUGCCCGUCAUACCACCCGUUCCAAGACACCAACCAAACAUUGAGGAUCAUAUGAAACAGCUGGAUAUCUCCCAGUUACCUACGAAACCCAUGGGGAACCCUUUACAACAAGGUGACCCCAGGUCUCAGCAAGCCCCCUCUACCCCACCCAAGAGAGAGCCCGAACAGAACACGGAUAUUCUCCCGAGCUACCAGCCUCAGGGGUUUAAAGAUCGAUCGAUGAAAGAACCAAUGAUCUCCGUUAUCAACGAAGAAAGCGAUGAGGAAGGAACCAUCCUCAAGUCUUCCCUCACCACCGACGAGAUGCAUCAUUUUCUGUCGCGUAACCGAGAAGCAACGCAGCAAACUGAGAAAAUGCAGGGGCCUUCAAACGGGCAGUUGGCCCCAUCGCCAACGUCUUCAUCAACAAGUCCAGCAACAGAAACAACCGUUGAUGACGAACGCCAGCGUAAAGUCUCAGAUCCCUUGAAUAAAUCUCUGACGACAUCACAGAUGCGACAGUUUCUGCCGAAAAAGAGAGAGCCUACUGAGGAGACAGAAAAGCUACCAGGUGAGGGAAUCGAAAAUAUCAGUCAUAGAGAGUUGUCGAGAGCGAAAGACCCAACCUCUUCAAAUCCUACAGGAGGUGCCAGGGUUGCAGGUCCUUUGGAGGACAAUAAAGAUGAUCGGCAGCCUUCUCUUCCUACCGAGGGCCACGAAGCUCCAACAUCUUCAGAUUUGCAAGAAUCGGACUUCGCUAAAGUUGUCCCGCAGAUAGGAAGAGGGUGCGAUGUCCAGUCGGACAGAUGUUACUCUGUCCCGUCCAACAUGGCCGCCCUCGUAUCCCAAGGAUGUGGUGUUGCGACUCACAAAGUGCCGCAACAAAUGACUGAACCAAUAAACAGCAGAAAAUAGAGAAACAUGAAACCUUGAGUAAAGCUGCUAAAUAAUGUGAAAUUGACUCACAGGUUUAAGGGCACUCGACAAGUAGGCCUAUGCAUUCCAUUUAGCGUAGCAUGGAAAUCAAAGUAUUAUGGUUAAAGCCAUUAUACACUUUCGGAACAGAAAAAAAAAAAGUUCACAGAUUUACAAGUAACUUACAGGGUUUA